CCUGAGCCGCCUCCCGAGUCAAAUGCGACGUGGGGACUGAACCGUUCUAGUACUGCAUAAAGCAUCAUGAGAUUCUCCGUUCUCCUAUCGACUUUGGCGGUCACCGCCAUCACUCAUGCAGCCCCAUAUGAGGGAGACAUUGUCCAGUUAUGGAACCAGCAAUGGACAGAUAUGGUCCGGGGCGGAGUAGCCCCGAGUAACACUACACUGCCCAUUCCUAUCCUACCUGCCAUGAUCCAUGGUGCCAUGUAUCUGGCUUCCGUACUAACCAAAGACGACCCGCUCCUGGUCCAGCAGGCCGCCGUAUCAGUAGCCGCCCACGGGGUCCUGGAGAGCAUCUACAACAACAGCGUCCCCGUCCAGGACGCCAUCGAUGACACGCUGGAAACGGUGCUAUCUGAGCUCGAGUCCGGCGGGUGCAACGGCACUGACCCUGACACUGCCACUGCCAUUGCCCGCGCCAGCGCCGUGGGCCGCGACGCCGCAGCUGAGCUUCUGGCCAAGCGCGUCGACCCCUGCUUCCACGAGCCGCCCGAGUACGCCUGGGGUCCUCCCGAAGCCGGCGUAUAUCAGCGCACCGAGGGGCAGGGUCUCGUACCGCAGGCUCCCCAGUCCGUCUGCCUCCGUCCCUUUGCGGGUUUAGACGAUAUAACGCGGUUCCGGGCCCCGCCCCCUCCUGCUACGGACUCGGAAGAGUUUGAAGAGGAGAUCGAGUUUCAGUUGGCAAAGGGCGGGUUGAAUAGCACGUCGAGGACCGACGAGGAGAGGGACAUUGCUUAUUUCUGGGAAGGACCUCCUGCUGUCUAUUGGAACCGUGCCGCAGUAGGGGUUCUCGGCGACCGGUACAAGUCCGAUGUCUUCAGCAGCGCCAAAUUCUUCGCCGAGCUGAACUUUGCUGGCGCAAACGCAUACAUCGCAACCUGGGACACCAAGUAUCAUUAUAACAUGUGGCGUCCCAUCACGGCCAUCCGUCAUCCCACUCCCUGGGUCCGUUCCGGGCGCGACAUCCACGACCCGGACUGGUUGCCACUCCUGACACCCACCCCGUCCCAUCCCGAGUAUGUCUCCGGUCACUCCGCUAUAAGUGCGGCGCUGGGCCAAGUCCUCAAGCAGUACGCGGGCGACGAAAUCGACUUUACUACGUCAGUGGAUGUGAGGAGAGACAACCGGGGCGUCAUUACGCUUUCCUUUGCCAGUGUCUCCGAGAUGGUUAGGAGCGCCCACAGUAGUCGAGUAUACGGCGGGGUUCACUACAGGUUUUCCUGCGUAGGCGGGGGGAACAUCGGCGAAAACGUGGCGCGAAGCACCCUGGAGAACUUCGACACGUUCUGGAGGCAGUUCUGAUAUAUCGGACCUCCAUUAUCUUACCAGAGUUGGAUUUGGACUUUAUAAAUAAAUACGACCUACUUUAUGGGCUCCUUUAUAUCCAAAUCCCCUUCCAACCUUCCGAAGGUGAUUGGGACCCCGGAGGA